UGUUAAAACAUUCGCUCUGUCAAAACGGGACUUAAAAGACCAAUGCACGGUUUUCCCUAAUAGAAUCCGCAAUCAAAGCUUGGUUUCUGCACAACAUGCAACCACCAUCUCGACACUCCAUCUUCUUCUCCUCUCUUAGACAGGUUGAGAAAAGAUUGAAACUAGAACUCCCAUCACAUGCCUCCGAUCCUUCUCCGCCACAGCAACCAGAAAUUGACUCCCUUAGCUCACCCAUUUUUGUUCACUCAUGUCAGCCCACCACCACCAACGAAGACUCGGCUCUCCAGGAGAGCAGUGAGCCGCCGCUAGCAUUCCUAUCACCGUCCCCACAGUUCCCACCCACUCAACGGAGGUCAACUGAAGAAAACCCUCAAAUUGGUCCCAAAGUCCAAACUGACGAUGUUGACGAUGUUGAACGGUUGAUACGGCUUUUGGGUUUGUCAGAAGAGGAAGAAAAAGAAAAACACGGGAAGAGUGGUAGUUCUGGUUGCAAUUAUGCUGAUUUUUGUGGAUAUGAGGAUGGGUUUUAUGAACAGAUUGUUGGGGUUAAGGGUCCUAAAUGCAGAAAGGAAUUGGAGAGACUGGAGGGGUGGAUAAGGUACUUUUCUAAUGGUUGUGAUGGUGGUGGGAAGGGGACUUCAGAGCCUUUGAGGUUGGCCUUUUUGUUACUGGGUAAGGCUGCUUUUCUUUCAGAGGAUGGUGAUGGCUUGGAAUUCCCUUCUGCUAUAGAAGAGUUCUUGAAGAUUGACCCACCAAAGGAUUAAGUUUCAAAAGGGAAGACAACACCUCAUUUAUGUUGGUCUAUCCUCAUGAUUUGGGUAGGUGCAGAGCAAGCCGAGUUUCAGGAGUUGUAGCAAUUCAUCCUCUUCUUUGGAGAUACCAACUGCCAGCAGAGGGUCCAAAACUUGAAGAAGUCCACUGAUAUCAUUCAUAAGGGCUUUCUCUACAAGUUGACACAGACUGAUUGGCAACUCAUCCUCUUCUGUAAGUCCUGUUGGUCUUCCUUUUGUUAGAAACUCCACUAUAUUAUUCCAUAGCUGAAUACGUCCAUUUUUUGUUGUGACAUUCCUUAUAUAUGCCAAAUCUGAAGAGAAACACAGGAAUAUUCAGUUAUACUGUAAAAUACCCGAGUAGGGUAACCCUAGUUAUUUAUCCACGUUCUUGGUUGUGAAUCUUUGAAGGAAAUAGUGAACUUGA